AUGGAGAUUGAUGCCGUGCAUUUGUGCGGGUUACCAGGAGGGUUACAGGAGACCUCGUGGUCCGUGGUAGGCACGCGUAAGGAACCUCCCGGGGUGUUCAUAGGGGCGUCGAAAGUCGACGAUUUCACCGUCCUGCUCUCGAGGCAGUCGGACGGCGCGUCCAAAUUCUCCGUGUCUUCUCGGACUCGGCUCCGCGCGUGGCCUCUGGGUCCGCCCACGCACCGCUUCGCGUCCCCGUGCGUCUCUGACCGCGCGUCCCGCCACCACUACGCGCUGCUCCAGGGGAGUGCGGACGCGCCAGCGGCGGGCGCAUCAGGGGCGGACGCGCAGGUGGUCGCGAGCUGGCCUUUCGGCACGUCCUCCAUUGCGCCCUCCGCGCUCCUGCACAAGACAGGCGCGGCGGACGGUUGCCACGUGGUGGAAGCUGAUAGGCCGAUCGUCCGCCUGUUUCCGUUGACUGCGACCGGAAGCGCCGUCACUGACGCGACGAAACCUGCAGACGAGACCACACCUGGCACCGUCGCCACCGCUACCGCCACCUCUCCCCCCGUCCCGCCCUCCGGGGGUGUUCUCGCCCUCUGCGCGGAUGGCUCCAUCCGAACCUACUCGCUGGACCUCUCCCUGACCUCAUCGCUCACCGAACCUGCGGACGGACCUAAGAUCCGGGUGGAGGCGUCAGGCUCGGGGGGUUGGCUUGGGAACAAGGGGGAUGGGAAGCGGGGGAGUGAGUGGGUCUUGGCAGUGGUGGGUGUGGAAGAAGGGGAGGGGGGGAGUGAGGGGAGCAGCAAGAGCGGCACGGGCGGAGAGGCAAGGGUGGUGAGAGUGUACCACGUGGCGUGUGGGGCGGCGGGUGAUGCGGCCAUGGCUGAUGUGGAUGUGAUGGCGCGAGGCGAUGGGCAUGGCGAUGUGCCUGUAGUGAAGGUGACUCUGUUGAAGUCCUUCAGAGUCAGGAGCCCUGGGCAGGAGGGGGGAGAGGAGAAAAAGGAGGAGGAGGAAGAGGCAGGAGGGGAGGAAGCAGGGCGUGCUGUUGUGUCGCUGUGCGUGGGUGAUGCAGGCGAGAUCAUGGACUUUGUCACCCCGCCCGCUUUCCUGGAAGCAUCCCUGACACGAAGCCUUGCAGUGGCUGCAACACAGAUGGUGCCUGAGGGCGGUGCCACCCACCACCCAAACUCAAAGCCCUCGUCUGCUCAGGCGAGAGUGACAGCAGCAGCCAUGGCUGCAGUGCCUGGGACUCGCUACUGUGUUGUGCUCGCUGCCAAGCCCGCUUCUCACACCAAACCCCCUCUGAACGCCACGGACAAUGCAGACCCCUCUCACCUGCCGCUCUACGCCAUUGCCUUGGAUACACUCUUUGGCUGUGUGCAUGCCUGCACCCCUCUCCCCUCCUCCUGCUCCCUCCCCGCCUCCCUCCCCCCCUCGCCCCUCCCCUUGCCUCUCAUUCACGCGGAAUGGGUGGGCCCCUCCCCAGAAGGCGCCUCCCUGCUGGUUACCACUCCAACCGCACUGCACUCCUUGCAUGUGCACUGCCCCCCUCUCUCCCUUGCCUCGGUUCUAGGGGCUUUCCAACCCGCCGUGCCCCUGUUCUUGCCCACCGAACCUGCUGCCGAACCUGCUUCCGGAGCAGCAAGGACUGAUUCGGUGAAAGCAAGGGAGGUGUCUGCAGGUGUGGUGACUGCUGGGUGGGGUGGUUUGGCUGCUUCUGCUGCUAGGGCGGCCGGUUUGGCGCUAGCCGACAAAUCUGGGCCAGGCCACAGCAACCCGCUACAGCCGACUGGGUGGUUUGUGGGGCCCACAUUGCAUGACUCGGGAUUGGUGAAGAACCUUCCAGGAAAGGACGUGGGGAAAGAGGACCAGGAAGAAGAGGAAUUGGGAGGAGGGUUGAAGCCAGGAGUUGGGCAAGUGAAGCAGAAACGGAACGAGAAGAAAAAAGCAAAAAAGUCUCGUGGGAAGGCCAGGUUUGGAAAGUUACACAUGGCCCUGAACCUGUCCCGGGCUGCGGACGGCAAUGGGCGGCAGUGGUUGUCUUUUGUGGGGAGCGAGGCAGAGAUGGCCUUGCUCAAUGCUCUGGACGGUAUGGCUUUGAGGGGCGAGGAGGGCGGGAAGAAAGGAGGGAGCGAGGGUGUUGAGAAUGGGGAGGAGAGGGAGGAGGGGGAGGAUAUGGAAGAGGGCGAGGCGGAUGAGAAGGAAGAGGAGAUGGAGGAGGAUGAGGAUGAAGAAGAGGAGGAAGAGGAGGAGGAAGGAGAAGAGGGAGAGGAUGGGGAAGAGGAGGCAGGAGAGGAAAAGGACGCAUACGAGAGGGCAUUGGAGGAGGCAGAUGGCUUGGCAGAGGGCGGCAGCACGGAGCGGAGGAGAGGGAGAGAGAUAGACGACUCGAUGGCAGACCAGCACAGGCUGGCCCGUCUUAUCCUGGAAUGUGCGAAGCAGCUGACUGAGGAGAGUGGGCUCGCACCGCCAGCAGCAGCAGCAGCCAUGGCUGCUCUGGCUCCGGACCACCAGUCACUUGCCGCGGCUGUUACCGAAUGCGUGCGGCUGUUCUCGCCCUCUGUUGUGUCAGCGCUGACUCAGCACGCGCUGGCACGCUCCCACCGCAUGCUGCUCCGAGCCAUCGUCAGCUCCGGCCAGGUCACGUCGGCUCUGUGCCCGAACCUGGUGCCGAGCCUGGUGGCUCGGCGGGAGGUGCUGCUGCUGGAGGUGUGUCUGGUACACAUGGGCGACCUGCCGCCCAGGCACCUGGCGCUCAUUCUCCGCUUGCUGUUGGACGAUGCCGUGGCUGCCAGUGAGCAUGCAUGCGAGCGGCGAGCAGGCAACAAUGCAGAGAAAGAGAGAAGUGCGGAUGAGGAGGAGGAGGGGGUGGGCGGGAAGGGAGGAGGGGUGCAGGGCGGUCAGGGGUUUGUCAGCAGCAGAGUGGCAGAGUUGAGGAGGCUGAGGGGCCGGAGGGCCGUGGCAGAUGUACGAUCAGUGCUGGCCGGUGCUGCUACAGGGUCUAAGAACUCUAAGAAAGCCAAUCAUGCGGGGCUUCAGUCCUCGCUGGCAGCUGCGCUGACGUCAUCUGCUGAGCUGGACGCGUUCACCGACGCCGAGCUCAUCCUCCACACAGUUGUUGCCGUCCCAUUCGACGAUACGAUCCUCGCAGCUGCCUUAGCGCCUCUCUCCCUCCCGCACGUCCGCUUCCUCUUCUCCUACUUUGCCAAAUGGGUGGACGUGUACUCGGCUCGGGGAUUCGUUGUUGAGCUUCCUGCCUACUCUGUCUUCGGGGCCCGGCCGUUCCUCCCUGUACCGCGUUUGGAAAGAAUCUUCGCGUGGGUGUCUACUCUCGUGGAUUGCCACAUCACCCGCCUCCUCAUGCUCCCGGACUGCUUGGAACCAAUCGCGCGGCUCCACCGGUGUAUCAUGCAGCAAGCAGCGGUGGACAGGAGGCUCACGUCGGUGGUUGGGUUUGUGCCGCACAUUCUGGCGGGACUGCCUCUCCCGGAGAAGCACCCUAAUGGGUUUGGUGGUGGCGGCGAUGGUAUUGUGGGUGUUGAGGAAUCUGGGUUGACUGUCCAGGUUGUGGAGUUGUGA